AUGGAGACAGACUUAGUGAAAACUAACCCCCUCAUGAUAGAAGAGCCUAAUGCUCCAACCAAUAACAGUUAUAUGAAACUUAGGUCUACAAGAGGGAACAUACCAGAACUAUGGAGGACAUCGACUAUUAAGAUGCUAUUUAAGGGGAAAGGCAACCAAAUGGAUCUGAACUCCUACAGGGGAAUUGGCUUGGAAAAAUGCACAUUGAAGAUACUAACAAGCAUAUCACAAAAGCGAAUUUUUGAAGAAGUAGACCAGAAGAUCCCGGAAGAACAAUUUAUAUUCCGGAAAGGCAGGAGCAUGCUACACCCUAUUAUCUUUGUAGAUUAUACCAAGGCCUUGGAUAAACUAAACAGGUGCACACUAAUCUCAAAACUAGAAUUAAUAACAGGGAAAGAUAAACUUACAAUGUUGAUCCAUAACAUGCUGACAGCCAACUUCAUUCAGAUCACAGGCAACGUAAGCACGUCAAAAAACGAUAGCACAAACCAACGGCAUAUUGCAAUGGGACCCACUAAGCCGUUUACUUUUCAAUAUUGCCUCAUACGAUGUUGUACAGAUGAUAAGAAAGGAAAUGGGGGAUGUGAAAAUCUACAUAUACGUUGA